CUUCGAAGGAAUCACAACUUACCACCAAACAAUCAACUUGUUAACGGCUAACCGCUAAAAUAGUUUCAAAAAACACAGUUUUCAACACCUUUUCGUGCGAUCUUAAGUUUUUCGUUUUACCAGUUGUCAAUCAUUAAGUCAAUUUGCUGGUGCAAAAAGCGUGGCAUACAUUUGUGCGCUCUCAUUUGGCAUAAAUUCCAAACUUAAUUAAAAAACUUUUUAAGGCACUUUUUCCCUUGAAUUCCGGACAUUGCGGAAUAUAAAAAUAAAGUUAAAUCAGUGCUUGCAUUCUGAAGAAAAUCUUUGCACAGACUCAGUCAGUUCCUUUGAAUUAUUUCAUUGAAUCGCGAUUUAAAUUUUUUAAUAAAAGAAAAGGUUAAGUGAAACCGCGUUAUAUUACACACACAGAUUCUCAUCAACGCAAGGCAAGAGCAAUAAGUAGAAAUGUUUCACUUGAAGCGCCAACUGAGUCAAGGCUGUGCCCUGGCCCUCAUCUGCUUGGUGACUCUCCAGAUGCAGCAUGCCACCCAGGCGGAGGUGUCUCCAGUUCAAGGCACUCCCCUGAGCAAUCUAUAUGAUAAUCUGCUGCAGCGCGAGUACGCCGGACCCGUGGUCUUCCCCAAUCAUCAGGUGGAACGCAAGGCCCAGCGUUCGCCCUCGUUGCGUCUCCGGUUUGGACGCAGUGAUCCGGAUAUGCUGAACAAUAUUGUGGAGAAGCGUUGGUUCGGCGAUGUCAACCAGAAGCCCAUAAGGUCGCCCUCUCUGCGCCUGCGAUUCGGCAGGCGGGAUCCCAAUUUGCCCCAGAUGCGACGGACCGCCUACGAUGACCUCCUGGAGCGGGAACUCACCCUCAAUAGCCAGCAGCAGCAGCAGUUGGGUACCGAGGGAGACUCCGAUCUCAGUGCCGACUACGAUGGUCUCUACGAGCGGGUGGUGCGGAAGCCACAGCGUCUUCGCUGGGGACGAAGUGUUCCUCAGUUUGAUACAAACAAUGCUGAUAAUGAACAGAUGGAACGCUCGCAAUGGUACAACUCCGUGUUGAACUCGGAGAAAAUGCGCCGGAUGCUUAUGGCCCUGCAGCAGUACGAAUCUCCCGAAAAUGUGGCCAGUUAUGCCAACGAUGAAGAUACCGAUGCGGACCUGAAUAAUGAUGCAUCCGAGUUCCAGCGAGAGAUCCGUAAACCCAUGCGGUUGAGAUGGGGACGAAGCACUGGAAAGGCUCCCUCAGAGCAGAAGCCGACUCCUGGGGAAACUUCAUCGGUCCCACCCAAGACACAGAACUAAAUUAUUGAAAAACAGCCAUGUGAAGGAACUGCAGGAGAAUGGCAACAAUUAAAAGAUAUCGGAAGCAAGCUACACGGUCAAUAUCCAAAGCCAAAUAAGAUACAGAAAACAUAUAAAACCCAAGGUCAGACAAAGUUUUUGAAAGCAUUUUGAGAUCGCAAGGAGGCAAGGGCUAAGAAAUACAUACUAUAAAACAUAUAUCUAAUAAAAAUUAUUAACCAUUUAUGUGUAACUCUUGGGUUUGAGCCACUUUUAAAAUAAACUAAAACUUACAAAUAUAUAUUUUCCGUAAACUUUAACAAUGCGCAGGUAAAACAAGGUAAAACAACCAUUUCGACUUAGAGUUAGUUUACAAGUGUACCAUUUUCAAUAAUUUAUAGUUGCGUUUUUUUUAUAAAGAUCUUCAAAAUGUUUUAUAUUUUGUAUUAUUUAAAAAAAAUUAAGUAUGUAUACCCAGAAACCCAUCGAAAUAGUUCAGCCUCCUUAUUCCUAAUAUGCUCAAUUAAAGAACUUUAAAAAUAUUUGAUUGCCCCAAAAACUUUUAGACUCAAUGUAUAUAAAAAUAUUAUGAAAACUUUUAAAAAUUAGCGCAAUUUGUUAUACUAACGCUAAAAAGCUAAAAAAAAAAUUAUUCUAUUAAUGAAAGAACUUCUUCGUUUCUAAACUCGUAAGCGAAUUUCGAUUUAAUGUUACGAUGGAAGUGUUUGAAAAACAUAGAGGCCCCCGAAAGCUGUAUUACUGUAACACUUGUUAUAUUUUGUGUGCUACAAGUUAUAAAUAAAUGUAUAUCAACUAUUAUAUUAUACGACUAUAUAUAUAUAUAUAAAUAUACGAUGAACAUUGUCUAUUGAAA